AUGUUCCGUGUUUCCUCUGUGCACCGCAUUGCACCGUCACUGGCGCUGCUGAACACCGGCAAGGUCGUCUCGUGGAUGAGUGGCCGCGGCUUUGGGUUCAUCGAGGACAAUGCGGACAAGAAGCAGCACUUUGUUCACUUCUCUGCUCUCCAGACGGAGACGGGCGGCUACCGCGCGCUCGCGGUCGAUCAGGAAGUUGAGUUCGAGGUGGCCUCGCAGGAUGGCCGCACUCGCGCUGAGAACGUUACCGCCCCUGGCGGCGCCAAGCUCCCCUCUGGUCCCCGCCCACCGGAUGGUGCCCCCAGUGGUCGUGGUGGCUUCAGCGGUGGCCGCGGUCGUGGCCGUGGUGGUCGCAACUACAACAGUCGCCAGGACCGCGGCGGCGAUCGCGAUGGCGGGCGUCAAAACAACAACUUCAGCGAUGAAUUCUAG